GUUGUUGAUCGGGACAGACAAUUUCAUCAAGCUGAGAAUUGAACCAUAAGAAACGGAAAUGCCUCUGCUGUUCUUGGAGAGGUUUCCUUGGCCCAGCCUGCAGACCUACACGGCACUGAGUGUGGCUUUGCUUGCUGGCAGUAUCUUCAGUGCCUACACCACUGUGACAGACCCGGGCUUUGGUGCCUUGGAGGCCGAGGAAACACCAGCUCACACUGAUGUGGACUUGGACCAUCUUGACAGUGGCAUUAGCAGCACAGAACUGGCCACCACUGUACUGUGGUAUCUUGUCACUGACAGUCUCUUUGUGUGGGUGUUAGUCAACACUUUCUGUUGCUCUCUGAUGCUUAUAGCUAAGAUGAUUCAAUACGUGGUCUUUGGCCCACUGAGAGUCAGUGAGAAGCAGCAUUUAAAGGACAAGUUCUGGAACUUCAUCUUCUACAAGUUUAUUUUCAUCUUUGGAGUAUUGAACGUGCAGACAGUGGAGGAGGUGGUCAUGUGGUGUUUGUGGUUCUCUGCUCUGGUCUUUCUCCACCUUAUGGUGCAGCUCUGCAAAGACCGAUUUGAAUAUCUGUCUUUCUCGCCCUCCACUCCCAUAAACAGUCAUGUGCGAGUACUUUGUCUGCUGGUCUCCCUACUGCUGGACUGCUGUGGCUUGGCCGUGGUCUGUGGUCUGCUGGGAGCUUCCCAUGGCAUGCACACCCUCUCGUUUAUGGCAGCAGAGUGUCUGCUGGUGACAGUACGCACAGGGCAUGUCAUCAUGCGAUACUCCAUUCAUUUGUGGGAUCUCAACCAUCCAGGGACCUGGGAGAGUAAGGGCACAUAUGUCUACUACACAGACUUCAUUAUGGAGCUGGCGAUGCUCUUCCUGGACCUCAUGCACCAUAUCCAUAUGCUGCUUUUUGGAAACAUCUGGCUGUCCAUGGCGAGCCUGGUUAUCUUCAUGCAGUUGCGAUAUCUCUUUCAUGAGGUCCAGCGUCGCGUACGCAGGCACAAGAACUACCUACGCGUUAUCAACAACAUGGAGGCCAGAUUUGCCGUUGCUACAGCCGAAGAGCUUGCAGCUAAUGAUGAUGAUUGUGCCAUCUGCUGGGAUACUAUGUUGACAGCACGCAAACUACCCUGUGGUCAUCUUUUCCACAACUCAUGUUUGCGCUCUUGGCUGGAGCAGGACACAUCAUGUCCAACAUGUAGGAAAUCACUGAACAUUAAUGGGGACGGGGGCCAGGCCAGAGGCCAGCAACAGGGCGGGGAAGACAAUAUUGGCCCAGCAGGAGCUGCUGCAGAUGCUAGACCACAUAUCAACCAACACAAUCACUUCUUCCACUUUGAUGGAUCCCGCAUUGCAAGCUGGUUGCCCAGUUUCUCAGUGGAAGUAAUGCACACCACCAACAUCUUGGGAAUGGCACAGGCCAACAACUCUCAGCUCAUGGCCAUGGCCCAUCAGAUCCAGGAGAUGUUCCCCCAGGUGCCCUCCUACCUAGUAAUGCAAGACCUGCAGCUGACCCGCUCAGUUGAGGUCACCACUGACAACAUUCUGGAGGGACGCAUCCAGGUGCCUUUCCCCACACAGGCUAUAGAGCGUGGCCCCAUACAGGUGGGCUCUGCAUCAGAUGAGCAGGAAGGGCCCAGUGGAACAGACGAGCAGGGCUUCAGUGAGCCAGACAACAUGGAGGUCAGAGGAGGUCGCUUCUCGAAGUCGGCAGAGGAGAGACAGAAAAUGUUAAAGCAGAGAAAAGAAGAGCUGCUUCUGCAAGCUCGCAGGAUAUAUCUCAACAAGAGUCCAGAGGACCAGGAUGAUGAUUUGCCUGGACUGGAGGAGGACAUUAUUCCUGGAUUGGACUUGACUAUGCUGAGACGUAGAACCAUGGCAGCAGCUGCAGAGAGACGCAUGCAAAAUCAACAAGACCCAGCACCCUGAGACACAGCUGGGCUUCAGCAGAGGAGUCAUCAUCCCAAGAGGCACCAAUAGAGCUAUUUGCCCAACCCCCUUGGUCCAUUUGGUGUACAGUCAGUGGUCAUCAACUCAAAAAAAUAUAUUAAAAAGCAUAACAAACAUGGCCUUUGGACUGUUUUGGGCUACUGUGAAUGGUAAUGGAGUAUUUGGAGCGUCAACAUUUGCGUGCAAGUCAAUAAAUGCAAGGUUAUGUUACCCUUUAUUCAUGUGCCACACACUACAACCACCAGCUUCAGUGGGGAGUCAGUAUCUGCCAUAGUUGAAACUGUUUUUCUUUUUAAAAUAAGCAUGCUUUCCACUCAGAAGACUCUUUGUAUGAGAGGUCUUCAAAGGUUUCAUCACUAGUUUUUUGGGUCUUUUUUUUUGUUUUUUAUCAAAACUUGUGUUCAUUUGCUGUUUUGCUCAUUAUGGAAAGCUACAUUAUGUCAGAUGAUGAAGCUCAUCUGAUCUGUAUCUGUGUUAUUAUUUUACACGUUUUCAACUGUGAAUUAAGUGUAAGCAAAAUAACAGUUUGUUUUUGUUUCUUACUUUGGAGUAAGAGAAUGUCACUUUAGUAUUGUUCAGCCUUUCUGUCAAAUAUGAAUGUUUCUAUCAAAGUUAUGCUGCAAACAAAAGUGUUUUGGCCCACAUGGGUUUUUCCUGUAUUUAGUGUGUAAUAUCAUCCAUUGCAAACAGUUAGCGUUUUGUUUGUCAACAAGAGGAGGAGUGGGCAUGUCAGACUUUGUUUUCUUACACUGCUCUCUUGAGAUGCAUAGGCAUCAAGAGGGAUGUAUUACAUUUUGAAUGAGUACAAGAGGUGUCCUCCUCUCAGUCUUUCUUAAUCUACCAUGUUUUACUUAACAUUUUAGUCUGAAUAAGAGUAUUAUUUCCCACUAAAUAAUUUAGUAUAACAAUGAACUCCCUGGUCUUAUGGCCUGAAUGACUGAGAGACUUUAUAACAAUGUGUUGAGAGUGUUUGAUAUGUGCGCCUUUGUCUACUCACACUGAGGACUUCUAAUUCAAAAUCACAGCGAAAAUAAUCAUCCUUUGUUCAAAGAAAUACAUUUAAUAAUUUACAGCAAUGCACAACAUGAACUAGGCCCUUGAAACAUUUUUGGUAAUGUCAAAUUUCCCUGAAUCACUAUCUGAUGGAGACAUAUUUACGGACACAACAAAUGGAGUUUGGAUUGUUUCAUUUCUUAUUUCAGUUUAAGGGCAGUUUGGGUGAGAUUUGCAUGAAUCUAGACAAUUGAUUUUGCUUCCUUCCACUUUAUCCCAAAGAGCAGCACACAACCCUUCCACUAAAAGCUGAAGUGUUGUGAUCUUAUUUUGGUUUGUUUUCUGUUGCUCAAACUCUGUUUGGGGGGUUUGGAAAGGAUAUAUAGGAUUUAUUUUCAGAUUUCACUUUGUCAUAGUGCAAAAAAGAAACUGGACAAUUUGUUUUCUUUUUUUCCAACAGCUAUUUAAAAGUUACCAUGAAUUACUUUGUUAUUCAUGGGCUAUCUUUCAUAACCAUUACUUAUUUAAUAAUUUUGACUAAGCUUUCUUGUAUUUUGUGCCUAAAUCAAGAAUGGUUAAGUUAUGGAUAAUUUCUGUAAAUCUAGAUUUUGUAAGAUAUGUUAAUACAAAGGACUCAAUAAACAGAGCUUUUAAAGCUUUUUAACAAAAA